AUGGUGGACGUGGACCUCCCCCAGGAGAAGAACUCUGACCCGGGGGUGCUACUGUCCCCUCUCAAGCCCUGGACCCAGUACGCCAUCUACGUGAAGGCCAUCACUCUGGUGGUAGAGGAUAGGCACGUCCCGGGAGCCAAGAGUGAAGUGGUUUACAUCAGAACCAGCCCCUCAGGUACAGGACAGGGUGGUAGGGGUUAGGCACGUCCUGGGAGCCAAGAGUGAAGUAGUCUACAUCAGAACCAGCCCCUCAGGUACAGGGUGGUAGGGGUUAGGCACGUCCCAGGAGCCAAGAGGGAAGUAGUCUACAUCAGAACCAGCCCCUCAGGUACAGGGUGGUAGGGGUUAGGCACGUCCCAGGAGCCAAGAGGGAAGUAGUCUACAUCAGAACCAGCCCCUCAGGUACAGGACAGGGUGGUAGGGGUUAGGCACGUCCCGGGAGCCAAGAGAGAAGUAGUCUACAUCAGAACCAGCCCCUCAGGUACAGGACAGGGCGGUAGGGGUUAGGCACGUCCCGGGAGCCAAGAGGGUAGUAGUCUACAUCAGAACCAGCCCCUCAGGGACAGGGCGGUAGGGGUUAGGCACGUCCCGGGAGCCAAGAGGGGUUAGGGUGUAGGGGUUGGGGUGUAGGGGUUAGGGUAUAGGGGUUAGGGUGUAGGGGUUAGGGGUGAAGGGGUUAGGGGUGUAGGGGUUAGGGGUGUAGGGGUUAGGGUGAUAGGGGUUAGGGUGUAGGGGUGUAGGGUUUAGGGUGUAGGGGUUAGUGUUUAGGGGUUUAGGGUUGUAGUGGUUAGGGUUGUACGGGGUUAGUGUAUAGUGGUUUCUGGGUUCUUGGUGUAUGGGGUUAGGGGGGUCUCCUGUAGAGCCGUCCAUGCUCCUGGAUGUGAAAGCUGUUUUAAUGUUAAUAUCAUGUUAAUAUCAGUCUGUCUCCUGUAGAGCCGUCCAUGCCCCUGGAUGUGAAAGCUGUUUUAAUGUUAAUAUCAUGUUAAUAUCAGUCUGUCUCCUGUAGAGCCGUCCAUGCUCCUGGAUGUGAAAGCUGUUUUAAUGUUAAUAUCAUGUUAAUAUCAUGUUAUAUCAUGUUAAUAUCAUUUUAAUAUCGUCUGGUCUCCUGUAGAGCCGUCUAUGCCCCUGGAUGUGAAAGCUGUUUUUAAUGUUAAUAUCAUGGUUAAUAUCAUGUUAAUAUCAUGUUAAUAUCUGUCCUGUCUCCUGUAGAAGCCGUCCAUGCCCCUGGAUGUGAGAGCUGUUUUAAUGUUAAUAUCAUGUUAAUAUCAUGUUAAUAUCUGUCUGUCUCCUGUAGAGCCGUCCAUGCCCCUGGAUGUGAAAGCUGUUUUAAUGUUAAUAUCAUGUUAAUAUCAUGUUAAUAUCAUGUUAAUAUCAUGUUAAUAUCUGUCUGUCUCCUGUAGAGCCGUCCAUGCCCCUGGAUGUGAAAGCUGUUUUAAUGUUAAUAUCAUGUUAAUAUCAUGUUAAUAUCAUGUUAAUAUCAUGUUAAUAUCUGUCUGUCUCCUGUAGAGCCGUCCAUGCCCCUGGAUGUGAGAGCUGUUUUAAUGUUAAUAUCAUGUUAAUAUCAUGUUAAUAUCUGUCUGUCUCCUGUAGAGCCGUCCAUGCCCCUGGAUGUGAGAGCUGUUUUAAUGUUAAUAUCAUGUUAAUAUCUGUCUGUCUCCUGUAGAGCCGUCCAUGCCCCUGGAUCAUGUUAAUAUCAUGUUAAUAUCUGUCUGUCUCCUGUAGAGCCGUCCAUGCCCCUGGAUGUGAGAGCUGUUUUAAUGUUAAUAUCAUGUCAGUGUUCUUAAUGAGCUCCUGAUGAAUGUUUAAUUAAUCUACUAAUCUUAAGUAUCAUCUGUACUAACGUCUCUGUCUGGAGGCCUGAUUCACAAACUAGCCUCCUAACCUCAUGCCGGAGAAAAGAAACUUCAACUGUCUGUAACCACCCACUAACUCAAAAUGCCCUAACCUAUCCCCGUUAACCGUACAUUAACUAACUUACUGUCCUGAGACAGCCAGAACUUAACUCAUGUACCCUAACGCCUUCUCCUAACCCCUACCCUAGAACCUACUCUGUCCGUCAAAACUGAGCGCUUACCCUACUGCACGGUUAACCUACCCUAACACCCAAACCUACUAACCUGUCCGCUGCAGCAACAGCUGAACUGGGAACUGUAUCAACACAACUACUGUCUAAAGGUUAGAUACCCUAACCCUACCAACCCUACCUAACUGAAUACCUAAACCCCUAACUACCCCUAACGUACUACUACCCUGUAACCGCCAGCACGGCUGAGACGAACUUAUCAAACACAUACUUCCUAGUUCAACCCUACCCCUACACACCUACCCCAUACCCUAACCGCCUAACACCUAACCCUACCCCCUACCCCUACACCCUAACCCCUACUACCUGGUCCGCUGGCAGCAACAGGCUGAAGACAGGGAACUGUAUCAACACAACUACUGCUCUAAAGGUUAGCACCCUACCCCACACCUACACCCUACCCCUACAACCCCUAACCCCUAACCCUAACCCCUAACCUGUCCCUGCACACGCCUAAGCCGACUUAUACACAACCUAACGCUCUAUAGCACACCUAACCCUAACCCCUAACCUAACCCCUAACACCCUAACCCUACACCCUAACCCCUACACCCUAACCCCUUCUACCUGGUCCGCUGGCAGCAACAGGCUGAAGACAGGGAACUGUAUCAACACAACUACUGCUCUAAAGGUUAGUACCCUAACCCCUACACCCUAACCCCUACACCCUAACCCCUACACCCUAACCCCUACACCCUAACCCCUACACCCUAACCCCUAUACCCUAACCCCUACACCCUACACCACCUAACCCCUACACCCUAACCCCUACACACCCUAACCCCUACCCCUAACCCUACACACCCUAACCCUACUACCUGGUCCGCUGGCAGCAACAGGCUGAAUACAGGGAACUGUAUCAACACAACUACUGCUCUAAAGGUUAGUAACCACUAACCCCUAACCCCUACACCCCAACCCCUACAACCCUAACCCCUAACCCCUACAGCCCUAACCCCUACAACCCUAACCCCUACAACCCUAACCCCUACCAACCCCAACCCCUACACCCAACACCCUACACCCCAACCCCUACAACCCCUAACCCCUACACCUACACCCUACCCCUACAACCCUAACCCCUACUACCUGGUCCCUGGCAGCAACAGGCUGAAACAGGACUGAUCAACACAACUACGUCUAAAGGUUAGCCCACCCCAACCCUAACCCCUACACCCUACAACACCCUACCCCUACCCAACCCCUACACCCAACCACCCCUACCCACCCAACACCCCUACACCAACCCCUAACCCCUAACCCUACCCCUAACCCCUACACCCUAACCCCUACCCCCUAACCCUCACACUACCUCCUACCCUAACCCUACCCCUAACCCCACACCCCAACCCCUACACCCCUAACCCCUACACCCCACACCCCCUACCCACCCCUAACCCCUACACCCUAACCCCUCACCCACCCCUAACCCCCAACCCCCUAACCCCUACACCCCUAACCCCUACACCCUAACCACCCACCCUACACCCAACCCCUACACAACCCUACACCCCAACCCACCCCCUAACCCCUAACCCUACCCUAACCCCUACACCCAACCCCUACACCCCUCACACACCCUAACCCCCCUCAACCCUCCCUACCCCCCCACACCCUAACCCCUACACCCCACACCCCUACCCCUACACCCUAACCCCUCCACCCUAACCCCUACACCCUCCCCACAACCCACCCCUCCCCACCCUAACCCCUACACAACCCCUACACCCCCUAACCCCUACACCCUAACCCCUACACCCCUAACCCUACACCCCUAACCCUCCCCUAACCCCUACACCCUACCCCUAUACCUAACCCCUAUACCGCCCCCUACACCCUAGCCCCUACACCCUAACCCCUCCUCUCUCUCUCUCCUCUCCCUCAGAACUGAAGAUCCCGAUCCGUAUAGCCGCUACAGGGGUGAGUGACAUGGAGGAGGACCUGAAGCCUACUAAACCAGACGUUGGUGGGGGGGACAAGGGGCCCUGCUGCCCCUGCCCUAAAUCACUAGGAGACCUGGAGGCAGAGGCAGCUGACGCUUCAUACAGAAAAGUCUUUGAGAACUUCUUACACAACUCCAUCUUUACCCCCAGGUAAGCACACGCACAGGCAGUAACACACACGGGUAGCGUUCAGGAGGGCACAACGUAACAAAACCUUCUGAAAUGGAAAACAAAUAUGUGCAGUCUUGUUGGACAAGUUUCCAUUUAUACUGAACACAAAUAUAAACGCGACAUGUAAAGUGUUGGUCCCAUGUUUCAUGAGCUGAAAUAAAAGAUCCCUUAAACGUUCCAUACGCACAAAAAUGUGUUUACAUCCCUGUUAAUGAGCAUUUCUCCUUGGCCAAGAUAAUCCAUCCACCUGACAGUUGGCAUAUCAAGAGGUAGAUUCUGACUGACUGGAUCAAUGUACUAGAGGGGGUAGAUUCUGACUGACUGGAUCAAUGUACUAGAGGGGGUAGAUUCUGACUGACUGGAUCAAUGUACUAGAGGGGGUAGAUUCUGACUGACUGGAUCAAUGUACUAGAGGGGGUAGAUUCUGACUGACUGGAUCAAUGUACUAGAGGGGGUAGAUUCUGACUGACUGGAUCAAUGUACUAGAGGGGGUAGAUUCUGACUGACUGGAUCAAUGUACUAGAGGGGGUAGAUUCUGACUGACUGGAUCAAUGUACUAGAGGGGGUAGAUUCUGACUGACUGGAUCAAUGUACUAGAGGGGGUAGAUUCUGACUGACUGGAUCAAUGUACUAGAGGGGGUAGAUUCUGACUGACUGGAUCAAUGUACUAGAGGGGGUAGAUUCUGACUGACUGGAUCAAUGUACUAGAGGGGGUAGAUUCUGACUGACUGGAUCAAUGUACUAGAGGGGGUAGAUUCUGACUGACUGGAUCAAUGUACUAGAGGGGGUAGAUUCUGACUGACUGGAUCAAUGUACUAGAGGGGGUAGAUUCUGACUGACUGGAUCAAUGUACUAGAGGGGGUAGAUUCUGACUGACUGGAUCAAUGUACUAGAGGGGGUAGAUUCUGACUGACUGGAUCAAUGUACUAGAGGGGGUAGAUUCUGACUGACUGUAUCAUUACUAGAGGGGGUAGAUUCUGACUGACUGGAUCAAUGUACUAGAGGGGGUAGAUUCUGACUGACUGGAUCAAUGUACUAGAGGGGGUAGAUUCUGACUGAAUAAUCCUCUCCACUGCUUUAAAUCAAAGCCAUGUUUACCAUUGAAAGGAUUCCACCACAGGUUAUCUGUUGACCAGUGUAUUGUCCGAGUGUUUGGACGACUGUGGUUGUGUCACUCCGACAUCCCUCUGCUCUCUCUCCCUCUCCUCCAGACCUCCAGACCGGCGGCGUCGGGAUGUAUUUGGCGUGGCUAACCGUACGACCACCUACCCUAACGCCACGUCACCUGAUCCUUGGCCCAACGCUACAGAGGCAGAGUUAGCGGACAGGGAGUAUGACUUUGUAGAGUGUGCAGUCAGCGAGCGGGAGCUGCAGAUAUCUGGUCUGCAGCCGUUCACCGUUUACCGGAUCGACGUCCACGCCUGCAACAACCAGGUGCACCGCUGCAGCGCGGCAGAGUUUGUCUUCUCCAGGACCAAACCUGCAGGUUCGUCCUGUUCCCUCAUCUCUCCUUCAUUAAACAGUAGAGCUUUGGAUGAAACUAAACCUUCUCAUAGUAUGGGUUAAGUUACUCAGCACUGCAGGGUUUAUCUCGAUGCCUGACACUUAUCUCAUUUGCUGGAGGUGAAUUAAUGUGCGUUAUCAUGUAAUAUUGUCGUCAUUAGUAGUCAGAGAGAGCGAGAGAGAGAAUAUUAUUGCAUACAGUUGAUAAGACCAAGUACUUCUGGGGCUGCCCCACAGCGAAGAUGAGGGAGGACCAUUUUGAUUUCUAUUACAGCAUGUUGGGUGACGGUCAUUCAUAUUCCAUUCACCCAGUUCUAUGUAACAUCCAUAGGUUUAGGCUACUACAUGAUACUCUAAUGUUCCCUGCACCCAUCAAGAGGUUGCUACAAACUAGCCUAUGAAUGAGAGUUUACAACGUACAGUGGGGGAAAAAAGUAUUUAGUCAGCCACCAAUUGUGCAAGUUCUCCCACUUCAAAAGAUGAGAGAGGCCUGUAAUUUUCAUCAUAGGUACACGUCAACUAUGAUAGACAAAAUGAGAAAAAAAAAAUCAAGAAAAUAUAAUUGUAGGAUUUUUAAUGAAUUUAUUUGCAAAUUAUAUGGUGGAAAAUAAGUAUUUGGUCAAUAACAAAAGUUUCUCAAUACUUUGUUAUAUACCCUUUGUUGGCAAUGACACAGGUCAAACUUUUUCUGUAAGUCUUCACAAGGUUUUCACACACUGUUGCUGGUAUUUUGGCCCAUUCCUCCAUGCAGAUCUCCUCUAGAGCAGUGAUGUUUUGGGGCUGUCGCUGGGCAACACGGACUUUCAACUCCCUCCAAAGAUUUUCUAUGGGGUUGAGAUCUGGAGACUGGCUAGGCCACUCCAGGACCUUGAAAUGCUUCUUACGAAGCCACUCCUUCGUUGCCCGGGCGAUGUGUUUGGGAUCAUUGUCAUGCUGAAAGACCCAGCCACGUUUCAUCUUCAAUGCCCUUGCUGAUGGAAGGAGGUUUUCACUCAAAAUCUCACGAUACAUGGCCCCAUUCAUUCUUUCCUUUACAUGGAUCAGUCGUCCUGGUCCCUUUGCAGAAAAACAGCCCCAAAGCAUGAUGUUUCCACCCCCAUGCUUCACAGUAGGUAUGGUGUUCUUUGGAUGCAACUCAGCAUUCUUUGUCCUCCAAACACGACGAGUUGAGUUUUUACCAAAAAGUUCUAUUUUGGUUUCAUCUGACCAUAUGACAUUCUCCCAGUCCUCUUCUGGAUCAUCCAAAUGCACUCUAGCAAACUUCAGACGGGCCUGGACAUGUACUGGCUUAAGCAGGGGGACACAUCUGGCACUGCAGGAUUUGAGUCCCUGGCGGCGUAGUGUGUUACUGAUGGUAGGCUUUGUUACUUUGGUCCCAGCUCUCUGCAGGUCAUUCACUACGUCCCCCCGUGUGGUUCUGGGAUUUUUGCUCACCGUUCUUGUGAUCAUUUUGACCCCACGGGGUGAGAUCUUGCGUGUUUAUCCCCAUUUUGUUCCAUUUGCUUCCAUUUAAGAAAUGUUUUUCAACAGAAUCGGCUGAGUUUUUUUACACCCCUAAUCACACGCAAACAUAGUUCCCUUUCAUAGCAGCCACAUACAAACAGCAUGAUCACGUUGCUCGUUGUAGAAUUCCUUCUCGCAUCUACGCGCUCUCCUCCUCUCAACUUUUCCCUUCGCUUGCAGACUUCAGUGCACCACAUCAGCUGUCUGUGACCAGGCGAAAAAACCUUUCUAAGCCAAACCUUCAUAUCAUAACGGCUACACACGGCCUGCGUAGUUGUCACCAUAUUAGCUAACGUCAUAGCUAGUCGACAUAGCUACUAGAACUAAUGUGUUAGUAAAACUGCUAGGCCCUGUAGAUCUAACUUGCUUCAUAGUAUACCCCUCUGGUCUUGUCCAUAUGAAACAUGAUGUGUUAUGUCUCGUACCUACAGAGAAGGUGGAUGAUAUCCCAGGCCCAGUGAUCUGGACAGGAGAGGACGAUUCUGUGUUCCUCCGCUGGCCUGAACCCUCGUCCCCCAACGCGCUCAUCCUCAUGUAUGAGAUCAAGUUCAGACUGGGCACUGAGGUAAGACACACCGCACAACUCCUUCUCCAACUGAUGAUUGAUCAUUUCUCCAACUCAUAGUUGACAUUGUAUGGGGUAACCCAGUAAUGUUGGGGUGACCCAGUAAUGUUGGGGUGACCCUGUAAUGUUGGGGUGACCCAGUAAUGUUGGGGUGACCCAGUAAUGUUGGGGUAACCCAGUAAUGUUGGGGUGACCCAGUAAUGUUGGGGUGACCCAGUAAUGUUGGGGUGACCCAGUAAUGUUGGGGUGACCAAGUAAUGUUGGGGUGACCCAGUAAUGUUGGGGUGACCCAGUAAUGUUGGGGUGACCCAGUAAUGUUGGGGUGACCCAGUAAUGUUGGGGUGACCCAGUAAUGUUGGGGUGACCCAGUAAUGUUGGGGUGACCCAGUAAUGUUGGGGUGACCCAGUAAUGUUGGGGUGACCCAGUAAUGUUGAGGGUGACCCAGUAAUGUUUGGGUGUGACCCAGUAAUGUUGGGGUGACCCAGUAAGUUGGGGUGAUGCAGUAAUGUUGGGGUGACCAAGUAAUGUUGGGGUGACCCAGUAAUGUUGGGGUGACCCAGUAAUGUUGGGGUGACCCAGUAAUGUUGGGGUGACCCAGUAAUGUUGGGGUGAUGCAGUAAUGUUGGGGUAAGCCAGUAAUGUUGGGGUAAGCCAGUAAUGUUGGGGUAAGCCAGUAAUGUUGGGGUGACCCAGUAAUGUUGGGGUGACCCAGUAAUGUUGGGGUGACCCAGUAAUGUUGGGGUGACCCAGUAAUGUUGAGGUGACCCAGUAAUGUUGGGGUGACCCAGUAAUGUUGGGGUGAUGCCAGUAAUGUUGGGGUGACCCAGUAAAUGUUGGGGUGACCCAGUAAUGUUGGGGUGACGCAGUAAUGUUGGGGUGACCCAGUAAUGUUGGGGUGACCCAGUAAUGUUGGGGUGACCCAGUAAUGUUGGGGUGACCCAGUAAUGUUGGGGUGACCCAGUAAUGUUGGGGUGACCCAGUAAUGUUGGGGUGACCCAGUAAUGUUGGGGUGAUGCAGUAAUGUUGGGGUGACCCAGUAAUGUUGGGGUGACCCAGUAAUGUUGGGGUGACCCAGUAAUGUUGGGGUGACCCAGUAAUGUUGGGGUGACGCAGUAAUGUUGGGGUGAUGCAGUAAUGUUGGGGUGACCCAGUAAUGUUGGGGUGACCCAGUAAUGUUGGGGUGACCCAGUAAUGUUGGGGUGACCCAGUAAUGUUGGGGUGACCCAGUAAUGUUGGGGUGACCCAGUAAUGUUGGGGUAACCCAGUAAUGUUGGGGUAACCCAGUAAUGUUGGGGUGAUGCAGUAAUGUUGGGGUGACCCAGUAAUGUUGGGGUAACCCAGUAAUGUUGGGGUGACCCAGUAAUGUUGGGGUGACGCAGUAAUGUUGGGGUGACCCAGUAAUGUUGAGGUGACCCAGUAAUGUUGGGGUGACCCAGUAAUGUUGGGGUGACCCAGUAAUGUUGGGGUGACCCAGUAAUGUUGGGGUGACCCAGUAAUGUUGGGGUGACCCAGUAAUGUUGGGGUGACCCAGUAAUGUUGGGGUGACCCAGUAAUGUUGGGGUGACCCAGUAAUGUUGGGGUGACCCAGUAAUGUUGGGGUGACCCAGUAAUGUUGGGGUGACCCAGUAAUGUUGGGGUGACGCAGUAAUGUUGGGGUGACCCAGUAAUGUUGGGGUGACCCAGUAAUGUUGGGGUGACCCAGUAAUGUUGGGGUGACCCAGUAAUGUUGGGGUGACCCAGUAAUGUUGGGGUGAUGCAGUAAUGUUGGGGUGACCCAGUAAUGUUGGGGUGACCCAGUAAUGUUGGGGUGACGCAGUAAUGUUGGGGUGACCCAGUAAUGUUGGGGUGACCCAGUAAUGUUGGGGUGACCCAGUAAUGUUGGGGUGACCCAGUAAUGUUGGGGUGACCCAGUAAUGUUGGGGUGAUGCAGGACAGCUGCUCUGUGGAGAGCUAACUAGCUAGCUACCUGCAGUCUAACAGUGUGUUUCUCUGUGUCCAGCCAGAGAAGCAGUAGUCUAACAGUGUGUUUCUCUGUGUCCAGCCAGAGAAGCAGUAGUCUAACAGUGUGUUUCUCUGUGUCCAGUCAGAGAAGCAGUAGUCUAACAGUGUGUUUCUCUGUGUCCAGUCAGAGAAGCAGUAGUCUAACAGUGUGUUUCUCUGUGUCCAGCCAGAGAAGCAGUAUUCUAACAGUGUGUUUCUCUGUGUCCAGCCAGAGAAGCAGUAGUCUAACAGUGUGUUUCUCUGUGUCCAGUCAGAGAAGCAGUAGUCUAACAGUGUGUUUCUCUGUGUCCAGCCAGAGAAGCAGUAUUCUAACAGUGUGUUUCUCUGUGUCCAGCCAGAGAAGCAGUAGUCUAACAGUGUGUUUCUCUGUGUCCAGUCAGAGAAGCAGUAGUCUAACAGUGUGUUUCUCUGUGUCCAGCCAGAGAAGCAGUAGUCUAACAGUGUGUUUCUCUGUGUCCAGCCAGAGAAGCAGUAGUCUAACAGUGUGUUUCUCUGUGUCCAGCCAGAGAAGCAGUAGUCUAACAGUGUGUUUCUCUGUGUCCAGCCAGAGAAGCAGUAGUCUAACAGUGUGUUUCUCUGUGUCUGUCCAGCCAGAGAAGCAGUAGUCUAACAGUGUGUUUCUCUGUGUCUGUCCAGCCAGAGAAGCAGUAGUCUAACAGUGUGUUUCUCUGUGUCCAGCCAGAGAAGCAGUAGUCUAACAGUGUGUUUCUCUGUGUCUGUCCAGCCAGAGAAGCAGUAGUCUAACAGUGUGUUUCUCUGUGUCCAGCCAGAGAAGCAUGAGUGUGUGUCUCGGCAGCUCUAUAGAGAGCAGCGUGGUGCCAGACUCAGUAACCUUGGACCUGGUAACUACUCCGCCCGGGUCAGAGCCACCUCCCUGGCUGGUAACGGAUCCUGGACUGAACCCGUCUCCUUCUAUGUGGUGCAGGCCCAACGUAAGAUAUCAUCAUCAUCACCAUCAUCAUCAUCAUCAUCCACUAUUCAACACUACAUAACUUUGUCUCUCAUGGGGAAUUGAAUUGGUCUUUGUGAACACAACCAACAAGGCAGACAAAACAACCUAUGAGUAUACAAAACAUUAAGACCACCUGCUCUUUCCUUGACAUAGAUUGACUAUGUGAGAGCCAUGAUCUCUUAUUGAUGCCACGUAGGGCUGUGGCGGUCACAGAAUGUAGUCAGCCGGUGAUUGUCAAGCAAAUAACUGUCGGUCUCACGGUAAUUGACCGGUAAUUAACAUAAACACAUUUAGCAUCUCCUGGCUUCCACACACAGCCUACAAGACAGUUUUUAAAAAGUCUAAUUAAUCCAUGUAAUAUAGCGUACACCUUCACAAUAAACCCAUUAUUUAUUUUAGACAGGUCUAAAGAAACAUGAUAUGAAGAAAAUGUAGCCUAUUUCAGAAGAACAGAAUAGCAUCCUCUGAGUUGUCCUUAUGUUAGGUCCUGAUGUGGCUAUGCCAUAUGGCUGUGGGCUACACUAGUUCAUUUAGCAGACAAGAUCUGCUUAGAAUUCCAUGGCAUUAUUUUAUAUUAUUUUAUAGUGUGAAGAAAACAAUUGAACAAAGCUGAAUAAAAUAGAAAAUAUUUUCUCCAAACGAUUUGAGGGAGUGAGCACAUGCGGCUAUUCUGUGUUGAGCGGUUAACAAAGAAACAGGUCCUCCUAUAUGCUUAAUUUAGAGUUAUUAAUGUAACUUUAGUUGUUCCACAAACGUUGGGCUAUAUGUUUUGAUUUUUAAUACAUUGUAAGGCUGCGUGAUGAGACUCUAAUGAUGAUUUGAAAAAAGUCGCUUGAAAGGCAUGAGCUCUGCUUUGUUUUUUGCGCAGGCUGUACACACUCCAAUAGUCUCUCAUUCACAAUUUGACAAGCACUUGAUAAUGCCUCGAAUUCCACGGCGGCAUCCCCUUUGUGGCCGUAAUACACCCUAAAAACAUCCAUGCCUAUUGCAGCCCUGAGUGCUGCGUUGUGCCCUUCUCCCUGAGUGCUGCGUUGUGUCCUUCUCCCUGAGUGCUGCGUUGUGCCCUUCUCCCUGAGUGCUGCGUUGUGCCCUUCUCCCUGAGUGCUGCGUUGUGCCCUUCUCCCUGAGUGCUGCGUUGUGUCCUUCUCCCUGAGUGCUGCGUUGUGUCCUUCUCCCUGAGUGCUGCGUUGUGCCCUUCUCCCUGAGUGCUGCGUUGUGUCCUUCUCCCUGAGUGCUGCGUUGUGUCCUUCUCCCUGAGUGCUGCGUUGUCCUUCUCCCUGAGUGCUGCGUUGUGUCCUUCUCCCUGAGUGCUGCGUUGUGUCCUUCUCCCUGAGUGCUGCGUUGUGUCCUUCUCCCUGAGUGCUGCGUUGUGUCCUUCUCCCUGAGUGCUGCAUUGUCCUUCUCUCUGAGUGCUGCGUUGUCCUUCUCCCUGAGUGCUGCGUUGUGCCCUUCUCCCUGAGUGCUGCGUUGUCCUUCUCCCUGAGUGCUGCGUUGUGUCCUUCUCCCUGAGUGCUGCGUUGUGUCCUUCUCCCUGAGUGCUGCGUUGUGCCUUUCUCCCUGAGUGCUGCGUUGUGCCCUUCUCCCUGAGUGCUGCGUUGUGUCCUUCUCCCUGAGUGCUGCGUUGUGUCCUUCUCCCUGAGUGCUGCGUUGUGUCCUUCUCCCUGAGUGCUGCGUUGUGCCUUUCUCCCUGAGUGCUGCGUUGUGCCCUUCUCCCUGAGUGCUGCGUUGUGUCCUUCUCCCUGAGUGCUGCGUUGUGUCCUUCUCCCUGAGUGCUGCGUUGUGUCCUUCUCCCUGAGUGCUGCGUUGUGCCCUUCUCCCUGAGUGCUGCGUUGUGUCCUUCUCCCUGAGUGCUGCGUUGUGCCUUUCUCCCUGAGUGCUGCGUUGUGCCCUUCUCCCUGAGUGCUGCGUUGUGCCCUUCUCCCUGAGUGCUGCCUUGUGUCCUUCUCCCUGAGUGCUGCGUUGUGCCCUUCUCCCUGAGUGCUGCGUUGUUCCCUUCUCCCUGAGUGCUGCGUUGUGCCCUUCUCCCUGAGUGCUGCGUUGUGUCCUUCUCCCUGAGUGCUGCGUUGUGCCCUUCUCCCUGAGUGCUGCGUUGUGCCCUUCUCCCUGAGUGCUGCGUUGUGCCCUUCUCCCUGAGUGCUGCGUUGUGUCCUUCUCCCUGAGUGCUGCGUUGUGCCCUUCUCCCUGAGUGCUGCGUUGUGCCCUUUUCCCUGAGUGCUGCGUUGUGCCCUUCUCCCUGAGUGCUGCGUUGUGCCCUUCUCCCUGAGUGCUGCGUUGUGCCCUUCUCCCUGAGUGCUGCGUUGUGCCCUUCUCCCUGAGUGCUGCGUUGUGCCCUUCUCCCUGAGUGCUGCGUUGUGUCCUUCUCCCUGAGUGCUGCGUUGUGCCUUUCUCCCUGAGUGCUGCGUUGUGCCCUUCUCCCUGAGUGCUGCGUUGUGCCCUUCUCCCUGAGUGCUGCGUUGUGCCCUUCUCCCUGAGUGCUGCGUUGUGCCCUUCUCCCUGAGUGCUGCGUUGUGCCCUUCUCCCUGAGUGCUGCGUUGUGCCCUUCUCCCUGAGUGCUGCGUUGCGCCCUUCUCCCUGAGUGCUGCGUUGCGCCCUUCUCCCUGAGUGCUGCGUUGUCCUUCUCCCUGAGUGCUGCGUUGUGCCCUUCUCCCUGAGUGCUGCGUUGUGCCCUUCUCCCUGAGUGCUGCGUUGUGUCCUUCUCCCUGAGUGCUGCGUUGUGCCCUUCUCCCUGAGUGCUGCGUUGUGUCCUUCUCCCUGAGUGCUGCGUUGUGCCCUUCUCCCUGAGUGCUGCGUUGUGCCCUUCUCCCUGAGUGCUGCGUUGUGUCCUUCUCCCUGAGUGCUGCGUUGUGCCCUUCUCCCUGAGUGCUGCGUUGCGCCCUUCUCCCUGAGUGCUGCGUUGUCCUUCUCCCUGAGUGCUGCGUUGUGCCCUUCUCCCUGAGUGCUGCGUUGUGCCCUUCUCCCUGAGUGCUGCGUUGUGCCCUUCUCCCUGAGUGCUGCGUUGUGCCCUUCUCCCUGAGUGCUGCGUUGUGCCCUUCUCCCUGAGUGCUGCGUUGUGCCUUUCUCCCUGAGUGCUGCGUUGUGCCCUUCUCCCUGAGUGCUGCGUUGUGCCCUUCUCCCUGAGUGCUGCGUUGUGCCCUUCUCCCUGAGUGCUGCGUUGUGCCCUUCUCCCUGAGUGCUGCGUUGUGCCCUUCUCCCUGAGUGCUGCGUUGUGUCCUUCUCCCUGAGUGCUGCGUUGUGCCCUUCUCCCUGAGUGCUGCGUUGCGCCCUUCUCCCUGAGUGCUGCGUUGUCCUUCUCCCUGAGUGCUGCGUUGUGCCCUUCUCCCUGAGUGCUGCGUUGUGUCCUUCUCCCUGAGUGCUGCGUUGUGCCCUUCUCCCUGAGUGCUGCGUUGUGCCCUUCUCCCUGAGUGCUGCGUUGUGCCCUUCUCCCUGAGUGCUGCGUUGCGCCCUUCUCCCUGAGUGCUGCGUUGUGCCCUUCUCCCUGAGUGCUGCGUUGUCCUUCUCCCUGAGUGCUGCGUUGUCCUUCUCCCUGAGUGCUGCGUUGUCCUUCUCCCUGAGUGCUGCGUUGUUCCCUUCUCCCUGAGUGCUGCGUUGUUCCCUUCUCCCUGAGUGCUGCGUUGUGCCCUUCUCCCUGAGUGCUGCGUUGUGCCCUUCUCCCUGAGUGCUGCGUUGUGUCCUUCUCCCUGAGUGCUGCAUUGUGUCCUUCUCCCUGAGUGCUGCGUUGUCCUUCUCUCUGAGUGCUGCGUUGUCCUUCUCCCUGAGUGCUGCGUUGUGCCCUUCUCCCUGAGUGCUGCGUUGUGUCCUUCUCACUGAGUGCAGCGUUGUGUCCUUCUCCCUGAGUGCAGCGUUGUGUCCUUCUCCCUGAGUGCUGCGUUGUGUCCUUCUCCCUGAGUGCUGCGUUGUGUCCUUCUCCCUGAGUGCUGCGUUGUGUCCUUCUCCCUGAGUGCUGCGUUGUCCUUCUCUCUGAGUGCUGCGUUGUCCUUCUCCCUGAGUGCUGCGUUGUCCUUCUCCCUGAGUGCUGCGUUGUGCCCUUCUCCCUGAGUGCUGCGUUGUGCCCUUCUCCCUGAGUGCUGCGUUGUGUCCUUCUCCCUGAGUGCUGCGUUGUGUCCUUCUCCCUGAGUGCUGCGUUGUGUCCUUCUCCCUGAGUGCUGCGUUGUGUCCUUCUCCCUGAGUGCUGCGUUGUGUCCUUCUCCCUGAGUGCUGCGUUGUGCCCUUCUCCCUGAGUGCUGCGUUGUGCCCUUCUCCCUGAGUGCUGCGUUGUCCUUCUCCCUGAGUGCUGCGUUGUGUCCUUCUCCCUGAGUGCUGCGUUGUGUCCUUCUCCCUGAGUGCUGCGUUGUGCCCUUCUCCCUGAGUGCUGCGUUGUGCCCUUCUCCCUGAGUACUGCGUUGUGUCCUUCUCCCUGAGUGCUGCGUUGUGCCCUUCUCCCUGAGUGCUGCGUUGUGUCCUUCUCCCUGAGUGCUGCGUUGUGCCCUUCUCCCUGAGUGCUGCAUUGUGUCCUUCUCCCUGAGUGCUGCGUUGUGCCCUUCUCCCUGAGUGCUGCGUUGUGCCCUUCUCCCUGAGUGCUGCGUUGUGCCCUUCUCCCUGAGUGCUGCGUUGUGUCCUUCUCCCUGAGUGCUGCGUUGUGCCCUUCUCCCUGAGUGCUGCGUUGUGUCCUUCUCCCUGAGUUUGCUGCUCCGAAUCACCUCUCACUCACAUGGCUCUCCAUCACGUGAUCUGGUCUUUCUCACAGGCUACAAGUGAAGACAGACACAUCGGGAUGCAAUUCUGAGGUGAAAAAAAAAAGUGCAAUGUGGCUGACGCAACAGAUCAGAAGGUUUAGCUUAAAAUGUUGAUAAACUAUUAGACUGUUUCUUCACAUUAUAAGAUCAGCAAUGCGCACAUGGUAGUAGGCUAUACAUGGCAAUGUUCCAUUAGUGGAAAAGACCAUUAUCAAAAGGGACCGCAAAUACAAUUAUGCAUUUUUAUGGUGAAAAUGAUCUUCCCCAAACUUGAAACUCAGGCGCUGCUUAUGUAUGCCAGUUAGGCUCUACACCCGUUGUAAAGCGGAUUAAUGUGCUUCAUUUUAAGAAGUUAUUUGGCCACUUUAGAUGUGAUACAAACCUUAUUAAAACAUAUAGGCCUAUGGGCUCGGCUACAUGAGGUGGGCGACUAUGAUUAGAAAAGGCUUUGUUUCUUAAGCUGGGAAUCAUUCACAAGUGAUCAUAUAUAAUUCACAACUGAUAGGCUAAUAUUGUCACCCAUCAGACUAUUCUUGAUUUAAUCUUGCCUUUACUAAAUAAUAUACAGUGGGGAAAAAAAGUAUUUAGUCAGCCACCAAUUGUGCAGGUUCUCCCACUUAAAAAGAUGAGAGAGGCCUGUAAUUUUCAUCAUAGGUACACGUCAACUAUGACAGACAAAUUGAGAAAAAAGAUCCUGAAAAUCACAUUGUAGGAUUUUUUAUUAAUUUAUUUCUAAUUUAUGGUGGAAAAUAAGUAUUUGGUCACCUACAAACAAGCAAGAUUUCUGGCUCUCACAGACCUGUAACUUCUUCUUUAAGAGGCUCCUCUGUCCUCCACUCAUUACCUGUAUUAAUGGCACCUGUUUGAACUUGUUAUCAGUAUAAAAGACACCUGUCCACAACCUCAAACAGUCACACUCCAAACUCCACUAUGGCCAAGACCAAAGAGCUGUCAAAGGACACCAGAAACAAAAUUGUAGACCUGGUACCAGGCUGGGAAGACUGAAUCUGCAAUAGGUAAGCAGCUUGGUUUGAAGAAAUCAACUGUGGGAGCAAUUAUUAGGAAAUGGAAGACAUACAAGACCACUGAUAAUCUCCCUCGAUCUGGGGCUCCACGCAAGAUCUCACCCCGUGGGGUCAAAAUGAUCACAAGAACGGUGAGCAAAAAUCCCAGAACCACACGGGGGGACCUAGUGAAUGACCUGCAGAGAGCUGGGACCAAAGUAACAAAGCCUACCAUCAGUAACACACUACGCCGCCAGGGACUCAAAUCCUGCAGUGCUAGACGUGUCCCCCUGCUUAAGCCAGUACAUGUCCAGGCCCGUCUGAAGUUUGCUAGAGUGCAUUUGGAUGAUCCAGAAGAGGACUGGGAGAAUGUCAUAUGGUCAGAUGAAACCAAAAUAGAACUUUUUGGUAAAAACUCAACUCGUCGUGUUUUGAGGACAAAGAAUGCUGAGUUGCAUCCAAAGAACACCAUACCUACUGUGAAGCAUAGGGGUGGAAACAUCAUGCUUUGGGGCUGUUUUUCUGCAAAGGGACCAGGACGACUGAUCCGUGUAAAGGAAAGAAUGAAUGGGGCCAUGUAUCGUGAGAUUUUGAGUGAAAACCUCCUUCCAUCAGCAAGGGCAUUGAAGAUGAAACGUGGCUGGGUCUUUCAGCAUGACAAUGAUCCCAAACACACCGCCCGGGCAACGAAGGAGUGGCUUCGUAAGAAGCAUUUCAAGGUCCUGGAGUGGCCUAGCCAGUCUCCAGAUCUCAACCCCAUAGAAAAUCUUUGGAGGGAGUUGAAAGUCCAUGUUGCCCAGCGACAGCCCCAAAACAUCACUGCUCUAGAGGAGAUCUGCAUGGAGGAAUGGGCCAAAAUACCAGCAACAGUGUGUGAAAACCUUGUGAAGACUUACAGAAAACGUUUGACCUGUGUCAUUGCCAACAAAGGGUAUAUAACAAAGUAUUGAGAAACUUUUGUUAUUGACCAAAUACUUAUUCUCCACCAUAAUUUGCAAAUAAAUUCAUAAAAAAUCCUACAAUGUGAUUUUCUGGAUUUUUUCUUCUCAUUUUGCCUGUCAUAGUUGACGUGAACCUAUGAUGAAAAUUACAGGCCUCUCUCAUCUUUUGAAGUGGGAAAACUUGCACAAUUGGUGGCUGACUAAAUACUUUUUUUCCCCACUGUAUGUGUGACAUUUGUUUUGAUUUAGAAUGGACCAUUAUCAUGCACCUGUAUCGAGACAGGGGCAGGGGAAAAAAUAACUUAAAUAAACGUAAAUAGCGUAUGGAGGACGCUUUUCCCUGUGGUUUAUUUUCAUGCCAGCCAGGUAGGCUAUACUCCUGUUGUAAAGAUAAGCAAUGUGCUUAAUGAUGGGAUCCUCCUCUUUUUAAUAGAGGCCAUCACUCUGUUUUCUCCCGCUACUCCACAGCCUAUAGAACUGUUGCGCAACAUGAACUCAUUAGCUCUCAUGAAGUGUUUGAGUAGAUUUUCGAAUACAUUUGCAUUGAUGUCAGAGUGAUUAGAGGGACAAUAGAGUGCUGAGUACCAGGCAGUUAGCAAGUUUGGUAGGCUACUAAUGACCAUCAGCAGCAUCAGAGCUUGGAGAAGCCUAAUUACCGUGAACACAUUUACAUUUACGUCAUUUAGCAGACGCUCUUAUCCAGAGCAACUUACAGUUAGUGAGUGCAUACAUUAUUUUAAUUUUUUUUCAUACUGGCCCCCCAUGGGAAUCGAACCCACAACCCUGGCGUUGCAAACGCCAUGCUCUACCAACUGAGCUUCAUCCCUGCCAGCCAUUUCCACCCAUACCUUGGACUACGCUGGGCCAAUUGUGUGCCGCCCCAUGGGUCUCCCGGUCGCGGCCGGCUACGACAGAGCCUGGACUAAAUGGUCAUGUGAAAUUUGACUGCCUUCAUGACUCGUGACCGCCGGUGUGUGGCAGUAAUACGGUGACCUCAACAGUCCAAAUGCCACCUGUUAAAUCCAUUUCAAUCAGUGUAGAUGAAGGGGAGGAGACAGGUUAAAGAAGGACUUUUAAGCCUUGAGACAAUUGAGACAUGGAUUGUAUAUGUGUGCCAUUCAGAGGGUGAAUGGGCAAGACAAAAUAUUUGAGUGUCUUUGAACGGGGGAUGGUAGAAGGUGCCAGGCGCUCCAGUUUGCUUCACGAACUGUAACGCUGCUGGGUUUUUCACAUUCAACAGUUUCCUGUGUGUAUCAAGAAUGGUCCACCACCCAAAGGACAUUCAGCCAACUUGACACAACUGUGGGAAGCAUUGGAGUCAACAUGGGCCAUCAUCCCUGUGGGAAGCAUUGGAGUCAACAUGGGCCAGCAUCCCUGUGGGAAGCAUUGGAGUCAACAUGGGCCAGCAUCCCUGUGGGAAGCAUUGGAGUCAACAUGGGCCAGCAUCCCUGUGGGAAGCAUUGGAGUCAACAUGGGCCAGCAUCCCUGUGGGAAGCAUUGGAGUCAACAUGGGCCAGCAUCCCUGUGGGAAGCAUUGGAGUCAACAUGGGCCAGCAUCCCUGUGGGAAGCAUUGGAGUCAACAUGGGCCAGCAUCCCUGUGGAACGUUUUCCACACCUUGUAGAGUUCACGCCCCGACAAAUUGAGGCUGGGGGUAAAAAAGGGAAGGUGUUUAGGAAGGCGUUCCUAAUGUUUGGUAUACUCUGUGUAUUUCAGUCAUAAUGCCAGAGAAGCCAGUGUUUGGAGGAUAUAUUGGCAAGAGGGCAUUAUCACUUUUAUACAACUUCUACCAACAUAUUUAAAUAUUGAUUGACAUAUUUUCAUUUAAAACUUUAUUUUGAUCGAUUUAUUCAUACUAUUUAAUCCUUCCACAAGAUAUAGUCCCGACACAAAUCUAGGGUUGCUACCCUAGCCGGCUGGUCGUUCGUUCUAUUGGUUCGGUUGGCAGAGACGCGACCCAGUCGUUCAGUCUUUUUGUUCUGUAUCUAUGGACGCGACCCAGUCGUUCAGUCUUUUUGUUCUGUAUCUAUGGACGCGACCCAGUCGUUCAGUCUUUUUGUUCUGUAUCUAUGGACGCGACCCAGUCGUUCAGUCUUUUUGUUCUGUAUCUAUGGACGUGACCCAGUCUUUUUGUUCUGUAUCUAUGGACGCGACCUAGUCGGUCAGUCUUUUUGUUCUGUAUCUAUGGACGCGACCCAGUCGUUCAGUCUUUUUGUUCUGUAUCUAUGGACGUGACCCAGUCGUUCAGUCUUUUUGUUCUGUAUCUAUGGACGCGACCUAGUCGGUCAGUCUUUUUGUUCUGUAUCUAUGGACGCGACCCAGUCGUUCAGUCUUUUUGUUCUGUAUCUAUGGACGCGACCCAGUCGUUCAGUCUUUUUGUUCUGUAUCUAUGGACGCGACCCAGUCGUUCAGUCUUUUUGUUCUGUAUCUAUGGACGCUACCCAUUCGUUCAGUCUUUUUGUUCUGUAUCUAUGGACGCUACCCAGUCGUUCAGUCUUUUUGUUCUGUAUCUAUGGACGCUACCCAGUCGUUCAGUCUUUUUGUUCUGUAUCUAUGGACGCGACCCAGUCGUUCAGUCUUUUUGUUCUGUAUCUAUGGACGCGACCCAGUCGUUCAGUCUUUUUGUUCUGUAUCUAUGGACGCGACCCAGUCGUUCAAUCUUUUUGUUCUGUAUCUAUGGACGCGACCCAGUCGUUCAGUCUUUUUGUUCUGUAUCUAUGGACGCGACCCAGUCGUUCAGUCUUUUUGUUCUGUAUCUAUGGACGCGACCCAGUCGUUCAGUCUUUUUGUUCUGUAUCUAUGGACGCGACCCAGUCUUUUUGUUCUGUAUCUAUGGACGCGACCUAGUCGGUCAGUCUUUUUGUUCUGUAUCUAUGGACGCGACCCAGUCGUUCAGUCUUUUUGUUCUGUAUCUAUGGACGCGACCCAGUCGUUCAGUCUUUUUGUUCUGUAUCUAUGGACGCGACCUAGUCGGUCAGUCUUUUUGUUCUGUAUCUAUGGACGCGACCCAGUCGUUCAGUCUUUUUGUUCUGUAUCUAUGGACGCGACCCAGUCGUUCAGUCUUUUUGUUCUGUAUCUAUGGACGCGACCCAGUCGUUCAGUCUUUUUGUUCUGUAUCUAUGGACGCGACCCAGUCGUUCAGUCUUUUUGUUCUGUAUCUAUGGACGCUACCCAGUCGUUCAGUCUUUUUGUUCUGUAUCUAUGGACGCUACCCAGUCGUUCAGUCUUUUUGUUCUGUAUCUAUGGACGCGACCCAGUCGUUCAGUCUUUUUGUUCUGUAUCUAUGGACGCUACCCAGUCGUUCAGUCUUUUUGUUCUGUAUCUAUGGACGCGACCCAGUCUUUUUGUUCUGUAUCUAUGGACGCGACCCAGUCGUUCAGUCUUUUUGUUCUGUAUCUAUGGACGCGACCCAGUCGUUCAAUCUUUUUGUUCUGUAUCUAUGGACGCGACCCAGUCGUUCAGUCUUUUUGUUCUGUAUCUAUGGACGCGACCCAGUCGUUCAGUCUUUUUGUUCUGUAUCUAUGGACGCGACCCAGUCUUUUUGUUCUGUAUCUAUGGACGUGACCCAGUCGGUCAGUCUUUUUGUUCUGUAUCUAUGGACGCGACCCAGUCGUUCAGUCUUUUUGUUCUGUAUCUAUGGACGCGACCUAGUCGGUCAGUCUUUUUGUUCUGUAUCUAUGGACGCGACCCAGUCGUUCAGUCUUUUUGUUCUGUAUCUAUGGACGCGACCCAGGCGUUCAGUCUUUUUGUUCUGUAUCUAUGGACGCGACCCAGUCCUUCAGUCUUUUUGUUCUGUAUCUAUGGACGCGACCCAGUCGUUCAGUCUUUUUGUUCUGUAUCUAUGGACGCGACCCAGUCUUUUUGUUCUGUAUCUAUGGACGCGACCUAGUCGGUCAGUCUUUUUGUUCUGUAUAUAUGGACGUGACCCAGUCGUUCAGUCUUUUUGUUCUGUAUCUAUGGACGCGACCCAGUCGUUCAGUCUUUUUGUUCUGUAUCUAUGGACGCGACCUAGUCGGUCAGUCUUUUUGUUCUGUAUCUAUGGACGCGACCCAGUCGUUCAGUCUUUUUGUUCUGUAUCUAUGGAUGCGACCCAGUCGUUCAGUCUUUUUGUUCUGUAUCUAUGGACGCGACCCAGUCGUUCAGUCUUUUUGUUCUGUAUCUAUGGACGCGACCCAGUCCUUCAGUCUUUUUGUUCUGUAUCUAUGGACGCGACCCAUUCGGUCAGUCUUUUUGUUCUGUAUCUAUGGACGCGACCCAGUCGUUCAGUCUUUUUGUUCUGUAUCUAUGGACGCGACCCAGUCGUUCAGUCUUUUUGUUCUGUAUCUAUGGACGCUACCCAGUCGUUCAGUCUUUUUGUUCUGUAUCUAUGGACGCUACCCAGUCGUUCAGUCUUUUUGUUCUGUAUCUAUGGACGCGACCCAGUCGUUCAGUCUUUUUGUUCUGUAUCUAUGGACGCUACCCAGUCGUUCAGUCUUUUUGUUCUGUAUCUAUGGACGCGACCCAGUCUUUUUGUUCUGUAUCUAUGGACGCGACCCAGUCGUUCAGUCUUUUUGUUCUGUAUCUAUGGACGCGACCCAGUCGUUCAGUCUUUUUGUUCUGUAUCUAUGGACGCGACCCAGUCGUUCAGUCUUUUUGUUCUGUAUCUAUGGACACGACCCAGUCUUUUUGUUCUGUAUCUAUGGACGCGACCUAGUCGGUCAGUCUUUUUGUUCUGUAUCUAUGGACGCGACCCAGUCGUUCAGUCUUUUUGUUCUGUAUCUAUGGACGCGACCCAGUCGUUCAGUCUUUUUGUUCUGUAUCUAUGGACGCGACCUAGUCGGUCAGUCUUUUUGUUCUGUAUCUAUGGACGCGACCCAGUCGUUCAGUCUUUUUGUUCUGUAUCUAUGGACGCGACCCAGUCGUUCAGUCUUUUUGUUCUGUAUCUAUGGACGCGACCCAGUCUUUUUGUUCUGUAUCUAUGGACGUGACCCAGUCGUUCAGUCUUUUUGUUCUGUAUCUAUGGACGCGACCCAGUCGUUCAGUCUUUUUGUUCUGUAUCUAUGGACGCGACCUAGUCGGUCAGUCUUUUUGUUCUGUAUCUAUGGACGCGACCCAGUCGUUCAGUCUUUUUGUUCUGUAUCUAUGGACGCGACCCAGGCGUUCAGUCUUUUUGUUCUGUAUCUAUGGACGCGACCCAGUCCUUCAGUCUUUUUGUUCUGUAUCUAUGGACGCGACCCAGUCGUUCAGUCUUUUUGUUCUGUAUCUAUGGACGCGACCCAGUCUUUUUGUUCUGUAUCUAUGGACGCGACCUAGUCGGUCAGUCUUUUUGUUCUGUAUAUAUGGACGUGACCCAGUCGUUCAGUCUUUUUGUUCUGUAUCUAUGGACGCGACCCAGUCGUUCAGUCUUUUUGUUCUGUAUCUAUGGACGCGACCUAGUCGGUCAGUCUUUUUGUUCUGUAUCUAUGGACGCGACCCAGUCGUUCAGUCUUUUUGUUCUGUAUCUAUGGAUGCGACCCAGUCGUUCAGUCUUUUUGUUCUGUAUCUAUGGACGCGACCCAGUCGUUCAGUCUUUUUGUUCUGUAUCUAUGGACGCGACCCAGUCCUUCAGUCUUUUUGUUCUGUAUCUAUGGACGCGACCCAUUCGGUCAGUCUUUUUGUUCUGUAUCUAUGGACGCGACCCAGUCGUUCAGUCUUUUUGUUCUGUAUCUAUGGACGCGACCCAGUCGGUCAGUCUUUUUGUUCUGUAUCUAUGGACGCGACCCAGUCGUUCGUUCUAAAUGUUCCAUUGCCAUACUGGCUGAGAGACAGACAGCAAGGUAUAUACAAAUCUCCGCUGUUAAACUAAAUGUUGGUCUAAAAGAAAUGUGAGAUAACGUCUAUAUGCUUUUUAUAGUGGAAAUCAAGUUUAUAAAUUGCCUGGCUGGGCUGCUGAGACAGUGGAUUGCGCAGUCAGAUGCAACAGAGUAAAUAGGCAUUUUAACGUCAUAGAUUUAGCCGGUGGUAACUUGUGGAAUAGACACCGGCUGGAAUGCGGUUUUAACCAAUCAGCAUUCAGGAUUAGACCCACCCGUAUAAAGUCUAAUAAUCACCUUGAACACUUGUUGAUGAAUGCCGUCUUACCUUAUCACAUGUUAGUUAAUACCAGUGUAUGUAAUACCUUAUAACAUGUUAGUUAACACCAGUGUAUGUAAUACCUUAUAACAUGUUAGUUAACACCAGUGUAUGUAAUACCUUAUCACAUGUUAGUUAAUACCAGUGUAUGUAAUACCUUAACACAUGUUAGUUAAUACCAGUGUAUGUAAUACCUUAUCACAUGUUAGUUAGUUAACACCAGAGUGUAUGUAAUACCUUAUCACAUGUUAGUUAAUACCAGUGUAUGUAAUACCUUAUCACAUGUUAGUUAACACCAGUGUAUGUAAUACCUUAUCACAUGUUAGUUAAUACCAGUGUAUGUAAUACCUUAUCACAUGUUAGUUAAUACCAGUGUAUGUAAUACCUUAACACAUGUUAGUUAAUACCAGUGUAUGUAAUACCUUAACACAUGUUAGUUAAUACCAGUGUAUGUAAUACCUUAUCACAUGUUAGUUAAUACCAGUGUAUGUAAUACCUUAUCACAUGUUAGUUAAUACCAGUGUAUGUAAUACCUUAACACAUGUUAGUUAACACCAGUGUAUGUAAUACCUUAUCACAUGUUAGUUAAUACCAGUGUAUGUAAUACCUUAUCACAUGUUAGUUAAUACCAGUGUAUGUAAUACCUUAACACAUGUUAGUUAAUACCAGUGUAUGUAAUACCUUAUCACACGUUAGUUAGUUAAUACCAGUGUAUGUAAUACCUUAUCACAUGUUAGUUAAUACCAGUGUAUGUAAUACCUUAUAACAUGUUAGUUAAUACCAGUGUAUGUAAUACCUUAACACAUGUUAGUUAAUACCAGUGUAUGUAAUACCUUAUCACAUGUUAGUUAAUACCAGUGUAUGUAAUACCUUAUCACAUGUUAGUUAAUACCAGUGUAUGUAAUACCUUAUCACACGUUAGUUAGUUAAUACCAGUGUAUGUAAUACCUUAUCACAUGUUAGUUAAUACCAGUGUAUGUAAUACCUUAUAACAUGUUAGUUAAUACCAGUGUAUGUAAUACCUUAACACAUGUUAGUUAAUACCAGUGUAUGUAAUACCUUAUCACAUGUUAGUUAAUACCAGUGUAUGUAAUACCUUAACACAUGUUAGUUAAUACCAGUGUAUGUAAUACCUUAACACAUGUUAGUUAAUACCAGUGUAUGUAAUACCUUAACACAUGUUAGUUAAUACCAGUGUAUGUAAUACCUUAACACAUGUUAGUUAAUACCAGUGUAUGUAAUACCUUAUCACAUGUUAGUUAGUUAAUACCUGUGUGUAUGUAAUACCUUAACACAUGUUAGUUAAUACCAGUGUAUGUAAUACCUUAACACAUGUUAGUUAAUACCAGUGUAUGUAAUACCUUAUCACAUGUUAGUUAACACCAGUGUAUGUAAUACCUUAUCUCAUGUUAGUUAGUUAACACCAGUGUAUGUAAUACCUUAUCACAUGUUAGUUAGUUAAUACCUGUGUGUAUGUAAUACCUUAUCACAUGUUAGUUAGUUAACACCAGUGUAUGUAAUACCUUAUCUCAUGUUAGUUAACACCAGUGUGUAUGUAAUACCUUAUCUCAUGUUAGUUAGUUAACACCAGAGUGUAUGUAAUACCUUAUCACAUGUUAGUUAACACCAGUGUGUAUGUAAUACCUUAUCACAUGUUAACACCAGUGUGUAUGUAAUACCUUAUCAUAUGUUAGUUAGUUACCACCAGUGUGUAUGUAAUACCUUAUCACAUGUUAACACCAGUGUGUAUGUAAUACCUUAUCACAUGUUAGUUAGUUACCACCAGAGUGUAUGUAAUAAUAAUAAUAAUAUGCCAUUUAGCAGACGCUUUUAUCCAAAGCGACUUACAGUCAUGCGUGCAUAAUUAUUAAUUUUUUGGUGUACGGGUGGUCCCGGGGAUCGAACCCACUACCUUGGCGUUACAAGCGCCGUGCUCUACCAGCUGAGCUACAGAGGACCUUAUCACAUGUUAGUUAGUUAAUUCCAGUGUGUAUGUAAUACCUUAUCUCAUGUUAGUUAGUUAACACCAGAGUGUAUGUAAUACCUUAUCACAUGUUAGUUAACACCAGUGUGUAUGUAAUACCUUAUCUCAUGUUAGUUAGUUAACACCAAAGUGUAUGUAAUACCUUAUCACAUGUUAGUUAACACCAGAGUGUAUGUAAUACCUUAUCACAUGUUAGUUAGUUAGUUAGUUAAUACCUGUGUGUAUGUAAUACCUUAUCACAUGUUAGUUAGUUAACACUAGAGUGUAUGUAAUACCUUAUCACAUGUUAGUUAACACCAGUGUGUAUGUAAUACCUUAUCACAUGUUAACACCAGUGUGUAUGUAAUACCUUAUCACAUGUUAACACCAGAGUGUAUGUAAUACCUUAUCACAUGUUAACACCAGUGUGUAUGUAAUACCUUAUCACAUGUUAACACCAGAGUGUAUGUAAUACCUUAUCACAUGUUAGUUAGUUAGUUAGUUAGUUAGUUAGUUAGUUAACACCAGUGUGUAUGUAAUACGUUAUCACAUGUUAGUUAGUUAAUUCCAGUGUGUAUGUAAUACCUUAUCACAUGUUAGUUAGUUAACACCAAAGUGUAUGUAAUACCUUAUCACAUGUUAGUUACCACCAGAGUGUAUGUAAUACCUUAUCUCAUGUUAGUUAGUUAACACCAAAGUGUAUGUAAUACCUUAUCACAUGUUAGUUACCACCAGAGUGUAUGUAAUACCUUAUCUCAUGUUAGUUAGUUAACACCAGUGUGUAUGUAAUACCUUAUCACAUGUUAGUUAACACCAGAGUGUAUGUAAUACCUUAUCACAUGUUAGUUAGUUACCACUAGUGUGUAUGUAAUACCUUAUCACAUGUUAGUUAACACCAGUGUAUGUAAUACCUUAUCACAUGUUAACACCAGAGUGUAUGUAAUACCUUAUCACAUGUUAACACCAGAGUGUAUGUAAUACCUUAUCACAUGUUAACACCAGUGUGUAUGUAAUACCUUAUCACAUGUUAACACCAGUGUGUAUGUAAUACCUUAUCACAUGUUAACACCAGAGUGUAUGUAAUACCUUAUCACAUGUUAGUUAGUUAGUUAGUUAACACCAGUGUGUAUGUAAUACGUUAUCACAUGUUAGUUAGUUAAUUCCAGUGUGUAUGUAAUACCUUAUCUCAUGUUAGUUAGUUAACACCAAAGUGUAUGUAAUACCUUAUCACAUGUUAGUUACCACCAGAGUGUAUGUAAUACCUUAUCACAUGUUAGUUAGUUAACACCAGUGUGUAUGUAAUACCUUAUCACAUGUUAGUUAACACCAGUGUGUAUGUAAUACCUUAUCACAUGUUAACACCAGAGUGUAUGUAAUACCUUAUCACAUGUUAGUUAGUUACCACCAGUGUGUAUGUAAUACCUUAUCACAUGUUAGUUAACACCAGUGUAUGUAAUACCUUAUCACAUGUUAACACCAGAGUGUAUGUAAUACCUUAUCACAUGUUAACACCAGAGUGUAUGUAAUACCUUAUCACAUGUUAACACCAGUGUGUAUGUAAUACCUUAUCACAUGUUAACACCAGAGUAUGUAAUACCUUAUCACAUGUCAACACCAGAGUGUAUGUAAUACCUUAUCACAUGUUAACACCAGAGUAUGUAAUACCUUAUCACAUGUUAACACCAGAGUGUAUGUAAUACCUUAUCACAUGUUAACACCAGAGUGUAUGUAAUACCUUAUCACAUGUUAACACCAGAGUAUGUAAUACCUUAUCACAUGUUAACACCAGAGUGUAUGUAAUACCUUAUCACAUGUUAACACCAGAGUAUGUAAUACCUUAUCACAUGUUAACACCAGAGUGUAUGUAAUACCUUAUCACAUGUUAACCCCAGAGUAUGUAAUACCUUAUCACAUGUUAACACCAGAGUGUAUGUAAUACCUUAUCACAUGUUAACCCCAGAGUGUAUGUAACACCUGUAUUAAAUGUGUAUCUCCUGCUCCACCAGGUUAUGAGAACUAUCUCUACAUCAUGAUCGUUGUUCCCAUGGUAGCAGUCCUGAUCAUCUGUCUACUGGCCACAUUCACCAUCUUCAACAGGAAGAAGUAA